AUGGCCGUUGCAGUGCUCCCAUCUUCUUUAACACCAGAUGUUUUACAUGGUAAUCAUUCAUUCGAUAUUCCAAGUGAUGUUUAUGAUGAACAAGUUUUACCUUUAUUAAAAGAAUUGGAAAAAAUUGGAAUAAUUGAUCCAUCAUCAAUUAAAUUUGAACCAUCAAAACAUAUUGAAUUUACUGAUGAAUAUUUCCAAACAACCAAGAAAAUCACUUUGGAAGAAUUAGGAGUGGAAAAUCCUCAUCAAACACCAAUUUCUCCAAUUGGUGUUAGUCAUCCAUUCCCAUUAUUUACAGAAGAGGCUAUUUUAAUAAUGAGAUGGGAAAUGUUUCAAAAAGAUACUUUUUUAAAAUGUGCUAGAGUUGCUGAUCAUUCCAAUACUGGUGAUUUAGAUAUGUACCUAAGAGGGUUUGUUAAAGAUUAUGCCCCUUUCACUUAUCAAGCAUGGAAUCAUCCAAGAACUAUGGAAAUUAUAAGUAAGAUGGCUGGUGUUGAAUUAGAACAUAUGUUUGAUUAUGAAAUUGCCAAUUCCAAUAUUAGUAUUAGAAAUAAUCAAACAAAGAUUUUGGAUGAGACAAAAGAUGAAUAUGAAGAUCCAAAUGAUAUCCCAGCUAUCUUGUCAUGGCAUUUUGAUUCACCACAAUUUGUUUGUGUCUUGAUGAUGAGUCCAACAGAUGAUAUGAUUGGAGGUGAAACUUCAUUAACUAGAGGUGAUGGUAAAGUUGUUAAAGUGGAGAAUCCUAAAAGAGGAUGGGCUAAUGUUUUGCAAGGUAGGAUUUUAAAGCAUGUUGCACCAAAGCCUAGAGGGAAUUAUAGUGAAAGAAUCACCCAGGUUUGCAGUUAUAGACCUAGUGAUCCAAUGAAGGAUAACUGUGCCGCAACUACUAUUAAGCCUAGUCAAUUGGCAGGGACUCGUUAUAAUGAGUUUUAUAAAGAUUGGAUGAAUUAUAGAUUGGAUGUCUUGAAUGAUCGUAUCAAAGUGUUGCAAGACCAGAUCAAUACCACUACUGCUAAAGGGGAGACUUUUAGUCAAAUUGAGACUAUCAACUUCAUUCAGAAUAACAUAGUGGAGUAUGCUGAGCAUUCGUGGCAAGAGUUUGAAGUUGUUGACGAUGGGCUUGUCCAGAAGCCAGCCUCUUACAAAGUUACACAGGCGAGAUGGGAUUGA